UUCUAGGAAUCAGAUUCCACUUGACGGAGGCUAUGAUUCGUGUUCAGCAGCAAACACUGUUCACUUUGGGCAUUCGAAGUAUGUCACUAUCGCAUACAGCUUCCAAGGAAGUGGAUCUGAAUGAUCCAAAACAACUAGCUCUGCACAAGCUGUACCGUCCAGAAAGAGUAACACCACGCGAAAAGGGUUACGAUCUUUUGAAGAACCCACGGCUGAAUAAGGGUAUGGCCUUCUCACUCUACGAACGUCACUAUCUGGGAAUUCACGGCCUGCUACCACCUGCUUUUAUGACCGAAGAACAGCAAGCGUAUAGAGUUAUGAAGAAAUUACGAGAGCAACCAGAUGACCUGGCAAGAUAUGUGCAACUCGAUGAACUACAAGAUCGAACCGAGAAGCUUUUCUAUCGCGUACUUUGCGAUAAUAUCAAGGAGCUGAUGCCUAUAGUCUACACUCCUACAGUGGGCUUGGCGUGUCAAAAGUUUGGCGCAAUUUAUCGCCAUCCGAAAGGCCUCUACAUAACAAUCAACGACAAUAGUAUAAGCAAAAUUCAUCAAAUUCUUUGUAACUGGCCAUGCUCAUCUGUUCAGGCUAUAGUCGUGACUGAUGGAGAGAGAAUUCUUGGUCUUGGAGAUCUCGGAGCCUAUGGAAUGGGUAUUCCAGUUGGAAAACUUGCUCUAUACGUAGCACUAGGAGGGAUCCAGCCUCAGUGGUGUCUUCCUGUAGUUAUAGACGUUGGCACCAACAAUCAGAAACUUCUCGACGAUCCGUUCUACAUCGGUCUCAGGAGGCGACGAGUUCGCGGUCCAGAAUAUGAGUUGCUCCUGGACAAUUUUAUGAAAGCGGCAACCAAACGAUUCGGACGUGAUACACUUAUACAGUUUGAAGAUUUUGCGUUCGAAAAUGCAUACACCCUCCUGGAUCGAUAUAAGAACGAGUACUGCGUUUUCAACGAUGACAUUCAGGGUACCGCUGCCGUAGUUGUGGCCGGACUACUAGCCGCUACUCGAGUUACCAACAAAAAGCUGUCGGAAAAGAAAAUAGUGUUCUUUGGGGCUGGAGCUGCUGGACUGGGAAUAGCAGAACUCUGCGUUGACCAAAUGGUCGAUGAAGGAAUAUCCGAGCAAGAGGCUUGGGACAAAAUCUAUAUGAUGGAUGUUGGCGGUCUUGUCACUAAAAGUCGUAUACGUUCACUGACGGAACGUCAUAAAAAAUGCGCGAAGGAUAUGCCUGAAACAAAAAGUCUUUUGGAAGUCAUCCAGAAGGUUAAGCCAGAGGCGCUCAUAGGAGUGUCCACCGUGGGCGGAGCAUUCACAGAAGAAAUAAUUCGAGAAAUGGCCAAAAUUAAUGAGCGUCCUAUAAUCUUCGCCCUCUCAAAUCCAACAACCAAAGCCGAAUGCACUGCCGAAGACGCUUAUCGUCAUACAGAUGGAUCUGUUUUGUAUGCAUCAGGAUCUCCAUUCGACAACGUUGUAUUGAAUGGCAGAACUUACAAGCCUGGCCAAGGAAACAAUUCCUACAUCUUUCCCGGAGUAGCACUGGCUGCGAUUGUCUUCAAAGCAAAACACAUACCUAACAAGGCAUUCUUGAUUGCGGCAAGGCGCUGCGCCCAAUCGGUUACCGUGAAAUCUCUGGAGAAGUAUGCAAGACUCUACCCUCGUUUGAAGGACAUAAGAGAACUGUCUGUCCAUAUAGCUAUAGAUGUAGGCAAUUUCCUCUACGAGAACGAUCUGGCCACACUUCAUCCAGAACCAGAGGAUAAGGAGAUGUAUAUUCGCUCACAGAUCUACUCUGUGGAAUAUGAUGAGCUAAUAAACAAAACUUACGAUUGGCCAGCGAAAGAUUCCAAGCACGGAUUUCCGGUUCCGGUCCUGGCACGUUCUUCUAUGGACGAUGAAUAGAGCUGAAAUCAAACAGGCGUAUGGUUUCGCUGAUUUCAAGUAGAAGAUAAAUCCCGCACAAAGUGCAUAGGUAACUAGGAGCUUACGUGUCUAUGUGUAUCUCAAACGCUACUUUGAUGAUUAAGAGAGCUUAAAAAAUCUGAGAAGACCUCCAGCUGUUUUAAUUGCUCGAUCUCUCAUGACUUGCAUGUCUCUUUCUUUAUUUCUCUUAGUAAAAACAAUUCUCCACCUCGUG